CUCAUCGGAAUUGAGAGCACCCGGGGCGCAUACACGGUGCGCUGCUGUCUGGGAGCUGUGCAUCACCGAUCGUUGGCAGGUGAGUAGGCUUGCUUGUGCGUGCUCUGUCUUGGUGUUCAUUGCGAUUCUUAGGCUCUGGAAACGCGUCUGUUAGCGACCUGCCCACUGUCCUUCGUGGAUCGUGAGCUACUGCAAGACGUCGAGCCGUCUCUGGUGUAGGACGAUGAGUUCCUAGAUCUGUAUCGAUCAUGCCUUCUCCCGCCGACGCGCCAUAGAUCCAGAGCAGACACGUUCAUCAUGAUGCCGACCGGCGAGCGGCCGAACAAAUGGGGCACUGGAACAAUAAUGCCAACUGGCACCUUCGAGCGGGCCGUCCGGGCCCCAAAAGGACGAGCUGUCGAUCUUCAGCGGGAAGAGACAUACGCUGACGACGAAAGUGAGGCCCACCAAAACACCGCCGUCCUCGUGCUUGUUAUUGGAUUUGCCCUCGGAAGAGUUCUGUGACAUGUGGUCCGGACGAUCUGAUCUGCGUGACCGUAACAAACGUGGAUGGAGGCGCGAAGACUGGAUCGACGGAGGGUCUCACACGCAGUGAAGGGGAUCUCGUUCAACAUACAGAACACACGGAUUGUAGGCUAAAUAAAUAGAAAUUUGCCUUCACUUGCCGUCACUCACCAGCGAGACAAAGGCGGCAAAGAUGUCCUCGGGAUACAGCCGGUCCUGCAUGUAUCCGCGGAUCUCUUGAGCAUGUUCCCGGUGUGAUUCCUGCUGGUCUUCCGUCUGCACCUCCGACACAGCCACGUCCAGGACGCGUAAUGCAUCCACAUCGGUCAACCACCCCCAGUGCUCA